AUGCAAUCAAUGAAUACUGAUCAACAAACAUAUUAUACUAAUUCAACAGGAACACAUCCGGCAACAGCUGGUUAUUAUCUAUCAAAUGGAAUAGAACAUUAUCCCAUGACAAACUCAAAUACAUUUGCACAAUCACAACAUAUGAGUGCACCAUUUUAUAAUCCAUCAGUGUCAAACGUUUAUGGACAACAACCUAUUUACAAUUAUUCUUAUUUACAAGCACAAUUUCAUCCAAAUAAUCCACGAGCACAAAAUUCAUAUAUUCCUAUUAUUCGACCACCGAAUGAAGCUUCUAGUGGAACUCCAGGUUUUUACCCACCAUCAGCAUAUUCACCAUAUGGAAAUAGUAAUAUACAACAAACACAACAUAUGUAUUCUCCAUCACCAUUUUAUCGUCAUCCUAUGCCACAAACAUUUUCACCACAAAAUUUUCCACAACCAACAUCAUCAUCACAAAUAUCUAAUCAAUCACAAUCACAAUCGCAAUAUUCUAUUGCUAAUAAUCAACAACCAACGCAAUUAUCACAAACUCAUAAAACGCAAACAUCUCAAACAUCAUCAAUUGAUCAACAACAUGGUAUAUCAUCUCAACCAUCUCAUUCAAAAGAAAAACGUACAAAACACCCAAUACCUAUUGUUGAUCCAGUUUCACAAAAAGCUUUAGAAUUAAAUCCAACGACUCAUACAUCUUCAACAACAGCAAAUGAUGAGAAUCGUCAAAAAGAAUCAGCAACUGAUUCAACAACAAUACAUUCUAAAACAACGGAUGAUACAAAUACAACACAAAAACGAGAAGUAUUUCGACAACAAUUUGCUCGUUUAUUAGAUCCAAUUGUUCAAACAGAUAAGAAUACAAAUCAAUCAUCAACUGAUGAUUCGACUGAUGAAAAAAUAACGAAAGAAAAACCAACAGAAGAUGUUACACCAGAAUCAAACUCAACAUCUCUAACAGAAUCUACAACAUCAACAUUAAAUCAAUUAACUGAACAACCUCAACCAGGUGAUCCGGAUAUUCCUAUUCAAAAUAUCAAUGAAGAUAAAUCAAAUAUUCAAGAUGACAAACACGAUCAAAAUAGUUCUCAAGAACAACUUGAAACAAUUAUGUCAACAUCCAAUGAUACAACUGAUAAUUCAACAAAUAGCACUAAUAAUGAAAAUAUAUCAACAAUUGAUUCCAAUACAAUAAAUGAAUUUCAAUCUAUACCAUCAUUAUCUAGUACAGAAUCUGUAGAAAAUAUUACAUCGCCUGAAACACCUAUAUCAUCGAAUGAUAUUGAAUUUGAAUCAAUAAAUAUUGUUCAAACUCCAUCAAUAUCAAAACGUCAUAGUUAUACUAAACAAGAACUUCUUAAUAAACGAUCCGAUCCUAUUUCACAAAAACGACCAGUUGCUCUUAAAUCAAUUGAUGGUGUUACUGAUACACCUAUUAUUCGUGCAUCACAAAAUAGUGUUAGCAGAGGACCACAAACACCUAUAGAAAAACCACCAUUAGCUAAUCGAUCUGAUAAUCCAUAUACAACAAUUGAUCGUAAUAAAAUUGAUUUAAAUGAAAAAUUUUUACGUGAUGUUAAAUCAAUAUUAAAUAAACUUACACCACAAACAUAUGAUAAAUUAUUAAAACAACUUGAUGAUCUUGAACUUGAUCGUUAUGAACGUUUAGAUGGAAUAAUAACAAAUAUAUUUACAAAAGCAGUUGAAGAACCAAAAUUUUCAUUUCUUUAUGCUAGAUUAUGUCAAUCUUUUCAACGUAAACAAGUUACUGUACCAGAUGCAAAUGGACAAAGAAUAACACAUAGUUUUCGACAAUUAUUAUUAACACGUUGUCAAAAAGAAUUUGAAAAUGAUUAUCGACAAGAUAUUGGAUAUGAAAAACGAAAAAUUGAAGUUGAAGCUAUUACAGAUGAAAAACUUCAAAAAGAAGAAUCUGAAAAAUUAGAAGAAAAUUUAGCUAAAGCUAAACGAAAAAAAUUAGGCAAUAUUUUUUUUAUCGGUGAAUUAUUUAAAUUACAAAUGUUAACAGAUACAAUUAUGUAUGAUUGUAUUGAAUAUUUACUUAAAGAUAAAACGGACGAAGAAAGUCUUGAAUGUUUAUGUAAACUGUUAAAUACUAUUGGUAAAGAGCUCGAUCUUAAAACAAGUGAAAAGUCACCAAAUCGAAAACUUUUAGAAAAAUAUUAUAAUGAAUUAGAAAGUAUUAUUACACAACGACAAACAUCAGCACGUAUACGAUUUAUGAUUCAAGAUGUUAUGGAUUUUAGAAAAGCUAAUUGGGUUGCUCGUCGAGCUGAAUCCAAACCAACAACAAUUGAUGAAAUUCAUGAACAAGAACGAAUCAAACGUGAACAACAAGAACGUGAUCAAGAACGUGAUAAACAACUACGUCGUGAAUCGAGUCGUACUGGUGGCAGUAAUAAUUAUGGAGGUAAUCAACAACAAUAUACUGAAUCACGUGGUAGUCGUGGUAGUGGUAAUAAACAACAAUCAAAUCGAAUAGAUGAUGAACAAAGUGCAAAUCGUUUUACUGUUAAUUCAGUACGACAAUUACAAUCAAAUGAUAAACGAAAUCAAGGAGCAUUAUCAUUAAAUUUAGCUCCACAAGGUGCAUGGUCUAGAGGAUCAGCAGCUGAAAAAAAACCUGAAAAUGAUCGUCCAAAUACUGCACGAAGUGGUAAACCUCCUGCUGGUCCUACUACACAAAUAAGAUCUAAAAUUGGUACAUCGAAUGGCACAUCUACUUAUCCUUUACAAUCUCAAACAUCUCGCGAAUUAUUACGUGAAAAUUCUUCGGAAUCAUCACGAAGAUCAAGUGGUGCUGGAAUACCUAGUUCAAAUAAUGUUUCAAUGACAAAUACACGUAAUCUUAGUCGUGAACAAUCACGUGAAUCAAAUGUUAAUACAAUAGUAUCAUCAAAUAAAAUAUCUAUAUCAACAAUAAAUAAUACUAAUCUAUCAAAAAUUGAAUAUGAUGAAGAAAAAACUAUCGGACAUGUACAUUCAUUAAUUGAAGAAUAUACAGAAAAUUAUUCUGAUAAUGAUGAUCGACCUAUACAGGAAGCUAUUGAAGAUGUAAAAGAGUUUUGUACAACAAAUAUUGAUCAACAAGCACUUAUUAUUCGAGAAUUAUUUACAAAUGUAUUAGAAGCUAAACCACGUGCACGUAAAGCUAUUGGACAUUUACUUGAUAUUGUACUUCAUAAAAAUAUUAUAUCUGAAGAAGCUUUUCUAUCUGGUUUUAAAAUGGUUAUUGAAUUAGUUCCAGAUUUUGCAGUAGAUAUUCCUCUUAUAUGGCAAUAUAUUGGUGAAAUACUUGGUGCAUUUAUUGGUGGUCCAACAUCAAAUAUGUUAUUAUUAAAACCUCUUUUAAAUCAAGUACCCGAUGAAAAAUGUAAACAAUUAUUUCAAUAUAUUAUUCGAUAUGCAAUUGAACUUUCUUCAAAAUCACGUAUACAAAGAUUUUGGCAAUCAUCCGGUUUUUCAUUAAAUGAUUUAUUUAAAAUAGAUUCUCUUGAUUCUUCAUUUAUUAAUGAAUUUAAUUGGUUAUCUGAAACAACAUCAUUAAUAAAAGAAACUAUUAUUGUACCACAUGCUGAUAUGCCAUUAGUACGAUUAUUUAAAUCUGUUAGUGAUCAAGGUACAAUGGUUACUGAUACAGAAAUUAUUACAUAUAUUGAAACACAUAUGAAUUCAAAAGAUAAAUAUUAUAUUCGUAAUAUUGUUUUAUCUUAUUUGGAAGCAUGUUUAAUAAAUCGUGAACCACAAAAAAAAAUUCAAGAAGAUAUUGCAAAAAAACGAAUGAAUAUUCUUAAGAAAAUUAUUCAACAUACAUCAAAUGCUGAAAUUCAAGCUGUUUAUGCUAUACAAAAUUUUGUUAAUAAACUUGAACAUCCACCAAAAAUGGCUCAAUUAUUAUUUGAUAUUUUCUAUGAUGAAGAAUGUGUAAGUGAAGAUGCAUUUUUUGAAUGGCUUAAAAAUCCAGAUCCAUCUGAAACUGAAGGACAUUCUGUUGUUGAAAUGUCAACAAAAGAUUUUUUUACUUGGUUAGAACAAGCUGACACUGAAUUGGAAGGAGGUGAAGAAGAAGAAGAAAGUUAA